CAAUCUUCAUAUAACAUAUUUGUAUAAUUUUCAUAAUAAUAUUUAUUAAUAUAUUUAAAAUUUAAAAAAAUUUAAAAUACAAAAUAAAAAAUUUAAAAUACAAUAAUCAAGAUAAAUGGAACUAUAUUAAAAUGAUACAAUUACAGAAAUUAUUAAAAAGUUAAAAUUAAAUUAGAAUGUAUAUUCAAACAUUUCGCGGAUUCUUUCACUGUGUAUAUAUCCGGUUCAGUUCCAUAUAAAUGGAAGGAAUGACAGGUAAAUUGAAGAAAUUGAUGUAAAGUUGAAUUAUCGAACAAAGGAAAUUAUUAUACGAGGAAUUUUUUUAAGCUACAGUUACAAGUAUAUAUUGCGAUACAUUGCGAGUGGUUUAACAUUUGCUUUCAAUGGCGAAUCAUGAUGAGUUGGUCUCGCAGUUUAUAGAUACAACUGGGGUUGAACCUGAAGAAGCACGAUUUUAUCUUGAAUUAUCUAAUUGGCAACUUGAGGUUGCUAUUGACACAUUCUAUUCUCCUCCUAAUUUACCUUCAUGGUCUAAUGAAUCUACUGAAGGUUCGUCAGAAGAGGAACGUGCUGAUAUUUCAGAUAAAAAUCUAGGAAGUGUAAAAUCAUCGGAAAUGGAAGGGAAAUCAUCAAAAGAUAAAGUAAAACCAAACUCUAAGUUUGCAAUGCUUAAUGACCUUAAAGAUAGAGAAAGUAGUCCUGAAGAUGAGGAGGGACAAGCAUUUUAUGCUGGUGGUUCAGAACAUACUGGACAACAAAUUUUAGGACCAGGAAAGAAAAAGGACAUUGUUAGUGAUAUGUUUAAAUCUUGUCAGAGACAAUCAAUUGCUGCUGAACCAAAACCAAGUGGACAACAAAGACCAAAUACCUUUAGUGGUACUGGAUAUAAAUUAGGUCAAACUAGUUCAGAUACUGAAAUUGUUACUGCAACAUCAUCUAAUCAUCAACAAUCAAAUUCGGGAUUAAUUACUUUAAAAUUGUGGAAAGAUGGAUUUACUAUAAAUGAUUCUGAACUUCAUUUAUAUACUGAUCCAGAAAAUAGAGAAUUUCUUGAGAUUAUAAAACGAGGUGAAAUACCACCAGAAAUACGUCAGGAGAUACAAGGCACUGAAGCUCGUCUUGAUAUGGAAGAUCAUCAUCAUGAAACAUAUGUCCCCCCAAAAGCUAAAGUGAAAGUCUUUAGUGGUAAGGGACAUAUGUUAGGGAGUCCUUCUCCAGCUACAGUUGGUAUGACAAUACCAACAGACCUUGCAGAUCAAGCAGCUAAUGAAUCUCAGGCAAAACAAAAAUUAAAUUUAGAUGAAUCAAAACCUGUUACAACAUUACAAAUUCGCCUUGCUGAUGGAACUAGUGUAAAAGCUCAAUUUAAUUUAACUCAUACCAUUAAUGACUUGAGGCAAUAUAUAAUAACUAUGAGACCUCAAUAUGCUAUGAGAGAAUUUAGUUUAUUAACAAUGUAUCCUACUAAGGAAAUUACGGAAGAUAAAACUAUCGAAGAAGCUGGUCUACAAAAUACAACAAUAAUCCAACGACUGAAAUAAAUAUCUUUUCUAGAUUUUUAGUUAAGGAGUUUAAGUGAUGUAUUAAUUAGAUGAUUCUUAAAUAUACAUUGAAAUACUUAAAAAUGAUAUUUCAACACAUUUUAAUAAUUGAAUAGCACUUUAAAUAUUGUUUAUUUUAAUUUUAAGUAUGGUUUUUGUUGUAUAACAUUUUUGCUAAUGCAAGAAAUAUUUCAUUGGAGACGAAUCUAAUAUUAAAACUUCAAUUAAUAUGAAAUAAAAUUACAAAACCUUUGUAAAAUUUGCAAUAAAAUCAUUCAAUUUAUAUGUAUUUAUUAUACAGAUUAUUAUACAUAUUAUUAAACAGUUUAUAUAUAUGAGCAACUAGCUAUUACAAUAGUACAAUAAAGAAGAUAUGAAGAUUUCCUUUAAGUAUAGUACUAAACAAGUUAUAAAAAUGUUUUUAUACUACUUUUUUUGAUAAAUAAAGUAUUUAAAGUAAAAAAGUGUACUAAUACGUAAAGAAUAUUUAACAUAAAAAAUAAUAUUAGGAAGUUGAAAUAUUGGAAUCAUAAAUACUGAAACCUAAAUAAUUUUGCAUUGUAACAAAUUUUUAUAUACAUGUUAUACAUAUAUAUACAUCAUACAAUAUUGUAUUCUUAUAUUUCUAAUAUCUUAUAAUUAAAUUUUUAGACUAAAAUUGUCUUAUAAAUACAUUAAAUCUAAGCAUCAAUUGCUAUUGUUCGAUAAAAAUUUAUUUUUUGUUAUAAAUUUCCUAUAUAUUUGUGAAUUCUGUACAUCUUCAGUGAAUCUUAAAAUUGAAGUGUCUUCAGUGCCUGUUUCUAUAUUUGAUUUUCCAGGACAAUACUGAUAACGAUUUAAUGUGACUAAAUCUUUCCCAAUGUCACGUGUAUAAAUAUUAUUUUUUUUAAAUACUUCAUGUGUAUUAUAAAUAUAAAUUGGUCGAUUAUCAAGUAUACUUGAAUCAUAAUAUAACUUUCUAAAUAUCAUUAAUGUUACAUUUUUAUUGCUGUUUAUAUCUGUUUGUUGUGUACAAAAUGUCAAUGUCUUUAAUUUAUAACGAUCUGCUUUCAUUUUAGAUUUUUUAAAAUCUGUCAAUAAAUCUGUAAGGGAAUGAUGAUAUCUUAAAACUAUAUACUCUUCCCAAGAUAAUGUAGUAAUAUACAUAACUUUAUUAUAUGUACGGUACAAACAGUCUGCUUGUAUCAAGUCUUUUAUUAUAGUAGGAUGAGUAUUGAGGAAAGGAAAAUUCCAUGGCACUAUUGUAUAAGUAAAUUUCCAAUAUGGAUUUAGAGAUUUAGAUAGUUCUUUAAAAUUGCUAUUAUAUUGACUUGGAAUACCAAAAUCAUAUACUAUAAAAUUAUCCACACCAAUUAUGUCAUGAAACUGUAUAAAACUAAUCAUUUGUAAUGGUUGUAUUGGUUUUGUUAAAGAUGGUGUUAUGCAUACUCCAAUAUUAACAUAAUUUAAGUUAUGUGAUUGAUUUUUGAUUGGUAAUAUAGGUAUAUUGUGAAGAUCUGAAUUAGAUUUCGUAAGAAAUAUUAUUCCUAUUGGUACCUUAUUUUUUGUAUACGUACAAUAAAAAUGAUAUCCACUAUAAUCAAUAUUUUUAUCAGUAGUUGUACUAUUUAAAUUAUUACCAAUUAAAAGAUAAUUAAAGUUUCCUAAAACUGGUUCAAUUUCAUUUUCAAAUAAUAUUUGACAUUGCAUAUCUUUAAUGCUAUUUGAUGAACCAAAACCUAUUACUUGAAUUUCUUUGUCACGUAUAUUAUAUGCAGAAUAAACAUACAAAUCAUCAUUUAAUCUUUGCCAGGCAGAAAGUGGUUCUUCAAAUUUCAUAUCAAAUUUAGUAAAAACUGGUACAUUAUUUGUGCAAUUCAUUUCACUUCUCUGAUUUGGCUUACCAAAAUAAUUAAAAACUUCUAAAACGUAUCUUAAUUUGUUAUAUUCAUGUCUAUAAAAUAAUAAGGAUACUAGACUCACUAUGGCAAUUAUUACAAGUGCAGCCUGGUAAUAUUUUCGCAUAUUUCAAAAUUUAAUGUAAUAAAUAAUGAUAUAACAACUUUAACAAUUAAAAUAUACGACGAUUUCUAAUUUGGAAAUUGGAUGAUCUCAGGCAUAUAUAGAAUUCUGAUAUGCAAGAUAUGUUGACAUUUUCUUGAAAUAUUCCAUUUACCGUUUAAUCCAAUUUUUGAUGUGCAAUUGUUGAACUUAUUAUUCAUUAAAUUUUCAUUUCUUAGGCUAUAUUAUUAGGUUAAAUGCUUACAUCCUAUAUCUGUGAUAGGUUCAGUGCUUAAUGAUCAAAUAAAAACUGCAAGGUUAGUAAUAUUUCGCGCCAAUUUUUAAAAUUAUCAUAUACACAUACACAUAGGAAUACAAUAUUUAUCGUAAAUAUUUAAAUUUAAAUUUGUUCAAAUUUAUAUAUUAUAUGUUUUCUUCAAGAUUACUUUUAAAAUUUUCACAAUAAAAAAGACAAUGUAAAUAUUUUUAUACUAAAUUUAUAUUU